AUGUCAAACUAUUAUCAAGAAUCAACACCUACAGCAGCUGCUCGUCAACGUCUAGCUCAUUAUACUUCUCAACCCCAGCUUCUACCAGGACAACCCUCACAACCGUCUUUACAUCAUCAUCAUUUGGCUUCCAUACCACAACGUAUGCCUUCAAUCAAUGAGCUUGCUCGACGGUCAUCAUCAUCAUCAUCAUCUUCUUCUUCUUCUUCUAGUCAUCAUCAUCACCAUCACAGACAAAGUUCCAGUAAUUUAUCUGGUUCUCAUCACUCAUCAUCCUCAUCGUCAUCUUCUUCAUCUUCUUCUUCUUCAAGGCAAAAACCUCCAGUAGACGGAUUAGUCUCUCCUACAAUUUUGCCAGUUCCUCAUGCUUUACAACUUCAACAUCAACAAUCUCAAUAUCUUUUGGGUCAGCAACAACUACAACAACAACAACAAUAUCAGCAGCAGCAGCAGCAGCAGCAGCAACACCAACUACUACAACAGCAACAACAACUACUUCCAGGCCAAGUACCUCCUCCACCACUACUCCACUCAUCAUCAUCAUCAUCAUCAGCUUCAGCUUCAGCUUCUCCAGUUUCUCCAGCGUCUGCAACUUCUCCUGGAGGUUCUUCAUCUGCAGUAUCUCCAUCGUCUGCAGUUCCUGGUGAUCGCAGAAAAACUCCCGCUUCUUGGGACCCUCAUGACGAUGUCAUGCUUCGUCACCUAAAGGAAGAAAAAAAAUUAGGAUGGAAAGAAAUCGCAGCUUACUUUCCAAAUAGAACAACAAACGCUUGCCAAUUUCGUUGGCGUAGAUUGGUUUCAGGAACCCUCAGAUCAUCAUCCUCUUCAGCAUCUCUAGCACAAGGUGUCCCCCCACCUACCCAACAAGCAUCAAUCGGCCACCAUGGAAUGGACCAAUACUAUCCACAUCCUUCCUUUUCUCCCUCUGUCUCACCAGCCCCUCCUUCUUCUUCUUCUUCUUCUUCUUCUUCUUCAAGUCAUAAUCAUCAUCACCAUCAUCACCAUGAUAGACCUCGUUCAAUCUCCACUUCUGCAUCAUCUGCUUCUUUAUCAUCAUCUUCUUCUUCAUCUUCUUCCUCUCACCGCAUGCUCAAACACCACGCUACUUCUUCAACCUUAAGUUCUCAUUAUGCAAACGGAUCAUACCCUGAUAGACCCUGGUCCCGCGAAGAAGAUGAACUCAUUGCAAAACGUACCGAUCUUAGACCAGAUGAAUUGGCUCUACUUUUAAAUGGCCGCUCAGAACAAGAAAUUUUAACAAGACGAGCACAUUUAGCAACUCGUUCUCAUAGACACAGACAUUCUUCUUCUUCAUCUUCUUCAUCUUCAUCUUCGUCAACAUUAAUACCAUCUGCAUCUACAUCUGCUUUACCACCUCUUAGAGAAGGUUUAUCUGCUCAUGGACUUCCUCCACUUUCGGCCUUGGCUCCUGGAGCAUCCCAUUCUUCUCGUCAUUCUUCUUCUUCUUCUUCUUCCCGUCACUCUUCAUCUUCAUCUUCUUCUGCAAUGAAGCGCGCUAAAUCGGAAGCUUCUUUUGAUGGUUCACGACUCCCUCCACCAAUGGUCCAGCCUCUUUCUGGAAGUCAAGGGUAUCCUCAAUAUACCCAACAAUAUGCAGGAAUGUCCCCAUUACAACAGCAGCAGCAGCAGCAGCAGCAGCAGCAACAAUAUCAAUAUCAACAGCAGCAGCAGUAUCAACAACAACAACAACAACAAAUGCAGCAGCAGUAUGGACAAGACCAAAUCCCAGCUAAUGUGGCAUCAUCUGGACGAUAUUACGAUCCAACCAGAGGAACAUAUCUUCCACAACCCCCGUCGUCAUCUGCGCAACAACAAGGAACUUAUUACAGAUGA